AUGCGAACAGUUGACGACGGUCAGUCGGAUUACCGGGCGGCCACGGACAACAGCGCCUCGGCGACGGCCUCGACCAUCACGCUUCUCACCGUCACGGCCUCCAUUCUCUACUGGCACGGGAGGGGGCACGGGAUGUCGCGGCUGCUGGGUCUCUGCUUGGAGCUGAACGAGGGGGGGCAAGGGAGGGGGCAAGGGUGGGGGCAAGGGUGGGGGCAUUGGCUGGCGCUGCUCCUGGUGGUGUCGUACGGGGUGCUCUUCACGGUGCUCAACGUGCUCACGGGGGAUAAGAGCGCGGUGGUGGCGCUGAAGGUGGUCGCUUGGGGGUUCGCCAACGUCAUCGUCGUGUUUCAGCCGGUUCUGUACUGCUGGGUCUGCUGGGAGAUCUAUCGAUUCGAGAAACUGUUCAUCGAAAAGAUCGAGGGCGCCGGGAUGACGGUGAGAAGGUGGCUCGACUCCCGGGAGACGCUGGAGCACCUGGUCCUCGAGAUGAACCGGCUCUACGGGCCGCUGCUCGCCCUGCACCUCGCCUUCAACGGGGCCGUCCUCACGAUCUUCGUCUAUCUCGCCGUGAGGGACCUGGACCGGCGGGACCCGCGAUGGGAGCACUUCGCGAUCAACGUCGCGAAUUGCGUCGGGGCGUUCAUCCCCUUGCUCAUCUUCAACUUCGCGUCCGAGGCGGUCGAGAGAAGGGAGGAACACUUCUGGAAGGCGAUGGCCUACCGCGCAUCGGAGCAGGCGGUGCCGCUGAUGGACGGCGAUCCCCUCAGGGCCGGCGACGCGGGGGAGAGGAGGGAGACCAUCGCGGAUAAGGAGCAGAUGAGACACAUGGCGUUGUUCUACGAGUCGCGGAUGAUCAACUUGACGGCGGCCGGGUUCGUCAACGUCGGGAAGGGGUCUCUCACCACGUUGCUGAACGUGAUCACGACGUACAUCGUGAUCCUGUUCCAGUUCGGGAAAGAAGACAAGAACCAAGUCGUCGCACCCACCGCAUCCGCGACAACUUUGUCCGUGGCAACUGCCUUCCGACACCUGUUCAACGCGACUACCGUUCGCAACCUGGUCGAUGCGACUACCGUUCACAACCUGUUCAACGCCACCGUCAUCCCCAAUCUCUUGAAUCUCACCACUAACCCCGGUCUCUUCAAUGGCACGGCCACCACCGGUCUUUUCGAUGCCACGGCCACCACCGAUCUCUUCAAUGGCACGGCCAUCACCGGUCUCUUCAACGGCACCGGGAAUGCCACCGUCUUUUAA